AUGAGUGACGAUGAGCAGCAUGAUCAAACCUUUGAACAACACCAGCAACAUGCCUCACCGACCUAUGCAGCGCUGGUUUCGACCUUAACAAAAGGGGCCCAUGUUAUAAUCCGUGGGAGGCCCUGUAAAAUUCUCGAGAUCAGCAAAAUUGGAACCAAUAUCCAUCUGGUCGCCCGAGACAUUUUUACGGAUAGAAUUCUGUCGGACGAUAUCGAAUCUACUCAGUCUGUGGAGAUUCCGCAUGUAUACAGAAAUGAAUAUAUGUUGGUUAAUAUUGAUGAGGGGUUCCUCAAUCUCACGAACCAAGAUGGGACGAUGAAAGACAAUGUAAAAGUCCCCGGUGGUGGGUUAGGACAACAGAUUGAGCAAGAUUUUGAAGCGGGAACCGACCUGCUCAUUGCCGUUAUCUCAGCGAUGGGUGAAGAACAUGCUGUAAGUGUGAGAGAAGCCCCCAAGGGUUCCUAA